GGGAGCAAAUAUCUCAGCACAACCAUGGGUCUAUUUUGGCUUACUUUUAUCCUAGUAGUCACCACAGAAGCUGUGAAUCUACAUCAGGAAAAGUUAACACUGACCAGAACCGUGGGCAAAUCUGGUGUUAUUGAAUGCAGAGCUACUGACUUCAGCACCAGUAACAUUUACUGGUAUUUUCAAAAAGACGGCGAAGCUCUGACAAGGAUCCUGUUUAUGCAUAAAGGUGGUGGAAAACCGACCAGGGAUCCUGGUUAUGAUCAUUACCAAGCAGAAAAGGGAGAAGGGUCGUUAUACACUCUGACCAUCCCAAGCCUCUCUAAGGAUAAUGCAGCCACUUAUUACUGCGCUAGCUUUGAUACCCACAAGAUUUUGCAGUUUGGAUCUGGCUCAAAACUCUUCAUCAGUGAGAGUCAAGUCCGAAAGCCCAAAGUGACGGUCUACCCAGCAUCUACACCUGAGCCAAAUGGAAACACCACCCUGCUGUGUCUGGCUAGAGACAUGUUUCCAGACUUAGUCAAGAUCUCAUGGAAGAUGAAGGAUGAAAAUGGCAAAAAAGUAGAAAUACCUGAAAGAGAGAAGAUAGAGCUGAUACAGACGGACAAUAAACAGACGACCAGCAUGAUCAUCGUAGAUAAAGAGAAGGCAGAUAAAUACAUCUGUUUGGUGAAGCAUGAAUGGGGCGAUACAGAAGUCACAGCAAAAGGAUCUAACCAAUGGCGAGAGCAAGAUGUUGAGGAAACGAUGAUACCCCAGUGCAGACCAGGAAGAAAUGAAUCCCAUGAUUCCUUCCAGUCAAUGUUCAGUCUGAAUCUGGCCUCUCUGGCUUAUACAGUGAUGAUAGUGAAGAGCCUGGUGUACAGCUGUGGGCUCGCAGUCCUGCUUCAACUCAGGAACAUGGGAAGUAGACCCUCUAUACAGAGAAGAACUCUGACACACCACAUUGCCUUUUAACCAUGGAGAGUUCUGAAUUAUAGCUCUGUGAACUAGGAGGAUUUUCCUCUUCCAUUCACCUCUUCCUAGUCUCUUCCAAUCACUCACAGUGAGCAAAAGUACAGUUUUCCCCUGAUACUCUUGUUAUAUCAAGAUACAUGUAUUGAAACGUCUGUCUGUCUGUACCUUUUUUCCUGGGCUUUUUGCAUUUUGAUUUGUUAAUAAAUAACAUUAUAUA